UUGUUGAGCUCUAACACAUAGUAUUUCAGCACCUAAACCCAGAACUAGUGUAUAUGAAUUUCCUUUUUGGGAAUGAUUCGGAACUGAAACAGAUCAAAACUCUUUUCUCCCUGAAGACGUAAGGUGAAUCAGAAUUAUGAAAAAAGAUGACCAGAUUUGAACAUCCCUUUCCAUUAGCUGGACAAAGCCAGAGGAAGUGCAUCAGCCGCUAUGCCACACAGCUGCACCAGACACAAGAAGAAGGCUGAUGGUCCAGUCCGGAGGAUGGAGAGGCGCACUGCAACGGGCAAAACCAGCCAGCGGUCGAAAAGGCUGGGGGUCAUUUCCAGGUCGUUCAUAUUGUGCAAUUCCAAAACCAGCGACGAUGGCUCCAGUCCUGAGGAAAAAUACCCUGAUUCCACAGAAAUGGAGGAGAGUGGCAGAGAGAAAUCCAAGAGGAACCUUAGGCCAGGGGCCCUCUCCGCCGCGGACUCUGUGGAACAGACAACUGCACCAGAGCCCCCAGCUUGUCACCAGCUGAGGGCCCCAGGGGAUGACAGAAGAGGCAUCAGGAGGACCUUUUCCAUCAAGGAAAGCAGCAUCUGGAGGCUGUGUGUGGCCACUGGUGAAGAAGGCCUUAGAAAUCGAAUGUGUGAUGAUGAUGAUGCUGAAGCCCCUCCAAACAACUGCAUGAACAGGGAUGGCUGUCUUCAGCCAGGAGAUGAACUUCGCUUAGUUAAUGGACAGUCAAUGAAAAAUCUAUCAGAAAUGGAUACUGAGACCAUAGUCCUGUCUACAGGAGGGCCGGUGGACUUGAUUGUUUCCAAUAAUGAUUCCCUUACAGGUUCAAAGAAAAGCCCAGCACAAACUCACUGCUCGCCCACCCUGGCAUUGCCUGCUGCUGACAGAGACAACCUCCAACCACUGAGUUACCACCUUACCAAGACACACACAGGCAAAAACGGCUGCUCCCAGGAGCCCAUCCUAGAGAUGAUGGGAGAUGGAACAGGCACCUGGGAGGGAGACAAGACAGACCAAGUUUCUCAAAGCAAGAUGUCCUGUAUAAGGACUCGGAGCAAUUCCACAAGUGUCAAUCCAUACUGGAUUGGGGAUUUGGAUGCUCUCAUUAUUAAAACUCCUGAGGUGUACCAAACCAAUAAUAACCAAACUGAUGGAAAUCCAGGUUUCUAUGGAAACAGGAAGUCUCUCUCCCAACAGCUGGAGUUUACGAAUGGAAUAGCACAGGUUGUUCCCAGGCCAUCUCGCUCACUAAGUUCGGCACACUUGGUGAACUCAACCAGCUCCACACAAGCCUUUGUUAUCUGCAAUAUUGUGCUGAUGAAGGGGCAGGGCAAGGGUUUAGGUUUCAGUAUUGUUGGCGGAAAGGACAGCAUGUAUGGGCCUAUGGGAAUCUAUGUCAAGACUAUUUUUCCUGGUGGAGCAGCAGCAGCUGAUGGGAGACUACGAGAAGGCGAUGAAAUAUUGGAGCUAAAUGGAGAGUCCCUACAUGGUUUGACUCAUGAAGAUGCACUACUGAAAUUUAAACAAAUCAGGAAGGGCCUGCUUACAUUGGUGGUGCGGACCAGCCUGCGAGUGGGGGCAGUGCCCAGCUCUGGGGUAGUGCCCCACCUGUGUCGCUCACGGUCCCUCAGCUCCAGUGCCUGUAUCAGCAGAGGAAGCACAGACAUCACAGACUACAGCUUCCUUGCCCACCCGGUCAAACCCAAGGACAGAAUCAUGAUGGAGAUCACUUUGCACAAAGAGGUGGGAGUGGGCCUGGGGAUCGGACUGUGCUGUGUGCCCUCCAGUGAAGGCUGUCCAGGCAUUUACAUCCACACGCUGUCUCCUGGCUCGGUGGCGCACAUGGACAGCCGACUGAGAUGUGGUGAUGAAAUCAUAGAGAUCAAUGAGACGGUGGUGUACAACAUGACCCUGAACGAAGUGUACACUGUGUUGAGUCAGUGCAGUCCUGGACCAGUCCAGGUCAUCAUCAGCCGACACCCUGACCCUAAGGUUUCUGAGCAGCAGCUCAAGGAUGCCAUUGCACAGGCUGUGGAGAACAGCAAGUUGAAAAAAGACCGAAGUCAGUGGAGCAUGGAAGGAUUAAAGAAAAUGGAUCCCUGCUAUCACGGAAAGCAGAAAUGUGACAAAUGCCUUGAGAGAAGCUUCAGUCAUUUAAAUAACAGGCGAGUCCAGAAGGUGAUGACUCGAUCCUGCAGCGACAGCAGUUACAACCACUGCUCCUUCUGCAGCAGUGGCAGCUCCUCCCACACACAUCAACACGCCGACCUGAAGUCUCGGGUGCACAGUGUGGACGUUCCCAUGCCAACCUCUAGGGGGCACAGUGUGGACGUUCCCAUGCCAACCUCUAGGGGGCACAGUGUGGACGUUCCCAUGCCGACCUCUCGGGUGCACAGUCUGGAUGUUAGCAUGGCAACCUCUGAUGUACACAGUUUGGACAUUCCCACUGGAACAUCCCAUGAUGCUGCUCCUGGUUCUGUGGCCUGGCCAGAGAGAAUGUCACCUCCACAUCACAACGAUAAAGACAAUGCUCCUAACAGGUGUGACGCUAAAGGCUGUAGCCAACAAGCUGCAGACCUCAGCACCAAACACACGAAAGUCUCCAAACCCAAACCACCUCCCCCACCCAGAAGGUACUUUAAACAAUCAGAUAUUUCACAUGAAGAGCAUUUCUAUGGCCCUGCAGGAGACAGCAAAGAUUCGCCUGUCAAAGAUGAUGGCUGGCACCCUUCUUAUAUCAACUGUCAGGAAGCAGGGAGCGAGCUGGCUAAAGGAACUACAGUUGUUCAGACCGACACUGUCACUGCAACGGCUGCGGCUCCCGGUGACUGUAGACCUGUCUCCAGCACGACAGAAUACUGUUCGAGACAAGCAGGAAAAUAUCAAGAGGACUGUGCACAAGGUAAAAGGCCGACACUGAGAAGACAGGCCCAUGUGGAUCUCUUUCUCGAUCAAACACAGGAUCCCUGGGUAAGGAUUUCAGAUAGUAUUGAGGGCCAACUAAGUUCUGUCAUCAUGAGUCAAGAGAAUGGACAGGCCGAUCUGAAUGGCUCUUCCAUUUCACAAGAGAAAGAUGCAUCGGAAGCUGGCAGCACAGCUCCAGCCUUAAACACGACCAAGUUAGAAGAAUCUCCAAAUUUGAAGAAAGGGCCUCCAGUGGCCCCAAAGCCAGUGUGGGCUCGGCAGAGCCUGAGAGGCAUGAAGAGUGGGAGAUUGUCUGAACCCAUCAAACCUGUAGAUCACAAGAGCUCUGAUGUGGGCAAAACCUUUGGAGUGAGUUUAAGAGCUACCUCAGCUAAGACAAACCUAUCUUUCAAAGAAAAAUUGCAUUCAUUUGAAACUUUGUCCAGCCCCGAGUCGCCAGAGAGGGGGGCAAGGAGGCUGGGCUCAUCUUCAUCAUUGCCUGUCAUGGAAAAAACCCCAAGCAGAAAUGACACAGCUUGUUCUAUCAAAACUGAUAGUCACAUGAGCAGCAAAGCUACAGAAGCCAAACCACCUGAUAACAGCAAGAGUCCUGAGCCCACGACUGAGCAGCUCCCCAGUGAAGGGAUCACAUUUUCAGCUGUUAUCACUGAAUCAUGCACGAUAAAUAAACCCGCAAUCAUCUCAAUAGACAGCAAACCAGUUGAAGAUGCCCCUGUGGUCCUGGCAGAGCCAGAGGUAUCAUCUUCUCUUUCAGAAUCCUAUUCCUUUCCAAGCCCCAGAAGAUGCAGUAGUACAAAGGGAAUCACAUCAGAGAAAACACCUCAGAUGGAAGAUGAAAAUGAAUUGCAGAAGGCACCCAGCCUGAGAACCAGGAGCCUCCCAGUCUCUGCAUCCCAGCCUCCUGAGCCCUCUGUCCUGAAGGUGUUUGAUGGAGAGAGCCUGGGUAAAAUUCUGUCCUUCAGCAACCAGGUGUCAAACGCAUUGAUGAGGUCAAUGCGCUCCCUUCCUCAAUCCCCCUGCACCUGGCCCAGCAAUCCAUGGAACCCCGGGCCAGAAGAGGAUGGGGGGGCAGACAAGGACCCCCCGUCUACCACUGGUGACAACAGCCAUCAUGAAAAGGGAUUUUCUGUCAGCCUGGCUGAGCUGAGAGAAUGCACAAUUGGAAUAGUGGAGGAGAAGAAGGAGGAAGGGAAGAGAGAGCUGUCCUCAUCUAUGACCUCCUCUGCCUCUGCCCAGUCAGUCAUCUCCAUCAUCCCACCUGAGGAGAUAGAAAAGAUGAUUGAGGAAGUGAAAGCUCUGGAUGAAGAAACCUUGAAACAAUUUGAAGAUAUCCAUGUUGUAAUAUUACAUAAAGAAGAAGGAGCUGGCCUGGGGUUCAGCAUUGCAGGAGGAAUAGACCUUGAAAACAAAAUGACCACAGUGCACAGAGUGUUUCCCAAUGGGCUGGCAGCACAAGAAGGAACCAUUCAGAAAGGAGACGAGGUGCUCUCCAUAAACGGGCAGACCCUUAAAGACGUGACACACAGCGACGCAACAGCUGUCCUCCGCCAGGCCAGGAUGAUGAAGCAGGCAGUCGUUGUGGUUUGCAAAUCAAAGGAAAACGAGAAAAGUGCCUCUGAGACCAGUGACUGCAGUGCAGCUGCCAGCAGUGCAGAGCGUCAGAACGAGACGGACGAGCCUGGGGAAAUUCUGACUGUAACACUGGAGAAAAACGCAGCAGGGGUGGGCUUCAGUCUGGAGGGAGGAAAAGGCUCCAUUCAUGGAGACAAACCGCUCGUCAUCAACAGGAUUUUUAAAGGCGGGGUAGCUGAACAGGGUGAGAUCCAGCAAGGUGAUGAGUUACUGCAAGUGCAAGAAAAUAGCCUACAAGGGCUCACACGGUUUGAGGCCUGGACUAUCAUUAAGGGUCUGCCAGAGGGCCCUAUUAAAGUUGUUAUCAAAAGAAAGAAGGCAGAUACUGAAUAAAACAAGGAUGUUCCUCCACAAAUCAGCCCUUUAAGAACAGCUACUAUAAUUCCGCCUUUUCACAAUUGCACAGAAAUAUUUCAAUACCAGAACAUAAAAUGUAACAAGAAUCCAUAUCAGAUGAUAGAGAAAAAAGUCUCCUUAGCUUCUUUAAA